ACGAAGCGAUUGUCUAUAAAAGGCCGCCCGCUCGCGAGCCGAGCAAUCAUUCGCGCAAUUCAACUCAACUUAGCAGUUCGUCGCGUCACUCGCAAAACGCAGCAAAAGUGGAACUUCAAACCGGUCCAAACCGUGAACAAACAAAAACAAACAGCCUUGCGCUUAUCUAAUACAACACAUUCAGUGAUCACAAUUUUAGCACGAUGGUAGUGGCAACUGAAGAGCAACAGUACAGCAGUGCCUUCAAGACGUCGACAACGGGGGCAUCGAUGGCGACCUCGUUCGAUUACGGCGUCGAGUGUGCGCCGAUUGGCGUAACCGCGAAGCACGCGCUCCUGUUGGCGAACAUCGAAAAGCGCCUGAUUAUGGGCUUAUCGGAUGCGAUCAACAGUCUGGCCAAAACACCUGAGGAGUAUCUGUUCUGUUUUAUGGCGCCGCCGCAACCCGGCGACAGUGCAACCCAUAUGCACGAGGUGCUACUGCAGGCCUUCUGCUUCGAGCAUGACAUUUACAUAAUCAAGGUCGACAGUGCGGAAAAACUGAGCCGCCUGCUUGGCUCCAGCAGUCUGCAAUCGUGCGCCUUGAUCCAGAAAAACUGGUCCCCGGACCAUCAAACCGAGCUUCUGUCCAAGGCCGAGGACCAGUUGGUGGAUUACUGUGAAGAGCACUGGGAUUCACCUAUCAAACCAACCGUCCGUCUUCCGGACAAAUAAAUCAGUUGAACAGCAUUUUCGCUAGGCAAGAGAGCGAAAUGUUGAACGUAAAAUUCUCAACCCCCUCUAAGCUACAAUACAGACAGAGGAAGGGGAUUUUUCUCGUGCUGACAACAUGUACGGUUAGCUCCGCAUUACGACCGACCGGUUUGCGCAACACAAGCGAAACCAGCGGUGCAGCAAGGUGGGAAUUUCCCGGCUGAUCGUGCGCAAAGUGCAUACAGCAGUGGCUCACUGGAAGUUCGAGACCUAGGUUUCCCACAGACGGUGACUGUUGAAAAACAAACGUAAACAGUGUAAAUAAAGUGCAUCAUAGGAGGCUGACAAAGUGAGAGUGCAUAAUUUCCAUAGAUAAUCACGACGAUAGUUGGAAUAAGAAGGAUUAGUGUAUAAUUGCUGGCCAGACUGGCCGAAAAAGUCAACAUGUUACUGUGUGCUAAUUAGAUUUGCAGUGAUGUGAUUCAUUAGCAAAACAUAGCUUAUACCAAUGUUUGUUGAUAGUUGCAAAGGCAAAUAAAAGGCAAUUUUAAAAUAUUGAA